AUGUCGAGUUUGAAAAAUUUAAUACCAACGUGGUUUGACGAAAUAGCGACUAGCGGAGAUGAUGAAACAAAAAUAGAGAAUAUUGCAAAAAUAAAACAGUAUUUCCUGGAUCAAAAAGAUCCUCGGCUGGAAAUUGCUUACUUCCAAGAAUUAUUAUCAUACAGUUCAGACAUAAAUAAUGAUGUUCGAGAAUCGAUCGCUGAUUUUAUCGAGGAAGCCGCCGGUAAUAAAUUCCAGGAAAAAAUUCCCGACUUGCUACCGCCUCUGUCUCGAUUGGUAUCCGACCCAGUGCCAAAAGUGUCCAAACGCGGGAUCCGCGCCAGCAGUUGGGUCCUAAAAGCAGCUUAUAGGUGGAUUGUCGAUGCUUCUAAAGUAAAAAUAACCAAAGAAAUCCAAGAAGUUUGGAACCACUUGAACUUCCUGAAGUCUCAGAUAAUCAACAUGGUCGAGAGCGAAAACGAGGGAGUGCGUAUGCAAGCCAUCAAGUUCAUUGAGAAUGUAGUGUUAUUUCAAACGUAUCUCGAUCCUGAAACACCCAAAAGUCAAAGUGAUUUUUCGCUGAAUGAUAUGUUGUUUACCCUGGAAGGAACCUGCUGUCGUAAUCUAGAAGAAGAAGCGUGUCGGUUAGUUGAAACGAUGAUUAAUUACCUCCAGUCUUCUUUUAUCACCAGCAUUUACUUGAUAACUUCGAUGGGAGCUCUUGGACAAAUCGCCAAAUUACGUCCUAAAUUCACCGCUCAAGUAAUUGAGGCGAUUAUUCGCCUAAGGAAAGAUUUACCACCUACGCUGUCCGCCUCCCAGAUUGUCGGUAUUAAAAAAGAGUCUAUGAGGCUGAUAAAAAUACUGACUAGCAAUGUAAAAAUCAAACAGGAGCCAAGAGAUAAUUGUAAUUCACCUGUUAAACGUCCAUUAGAGCAGCCGAAAGUUGAUUCACGGUGGAAGAAAUUAAAAUUGCUUCAAAAAGAUGAAAUAUCUGAUGAUUUAAUAGUAAAAAAUCUUACAGUUAACACUGAGAUGGUAAUUGAUGCAAUAGCUCGCGUUCCAGGUAAUAUAACUCCCGAAGAAUUUGAAAAAAAAAAUUCUGGAUUUUCUGUUUCAGCUGAUCCAGAAAUUAAGCGUCGAGUCAUCGCCAAAUCGCUUGUGAUGACUCAAUUAAAACAAUCUAAUGAAUUACAUAAUGAUAAAAUUGAUUCUGAAUUUAUUAAACUUAAAUCAAUGAAGAAUAUUGUCUCUCUGUCAUCAGCUGAUAAACAAAUAAUGCUUGUGAGAUCAAUCGACAGGAUUAUUUCUUAUGAGAACUCAAUUCUUACUGGACAACAUGUGUCUAAUAAAAUUAAAAUACUUGUACGAAUGGCGACUAUCAACGUUGAAAUAAAAAAAUUACUUCUGAUAUAUAUUUCUGAGGAUGUUAAGAAUAGGAUAGACCUUGCACUGAGUAUGGUGUACGAAGAAUACGCUUUGAAUCAUGGCUUUAAAAGAAAAAUAAUUAUUGCUAAGACUACAGAAGGGCCUUUUCAAUUACCUUACAAUUACCUGCUGUCUGCCAUAAUUAAAAUUAUCGAAUCUCACCCAGAUCGAGCGGUACUGCUGACUCGAUUUUACCUAGCUGUUCCUGUAAUAUCAAAGGAAAUGAUCCGAUCGCUGACAACUAAAACACCUCCUGAAACUCUUACUUUGUUGAAGGAGUUAGUUUUUCGAAGAACUACCAACAAAUUAGAGUUUUUGAAUAUUCUCCUUGGGCUUACUACACACCAGGAUUCGAGUAUCAGUGAUCCUGCGGUGGAUAUUAUCUUGGGACUGUACAAUCACGGUGAGCUCCGUCAGUCUAUUUCAGAGUACCUAAAAGCUAAUUUGAAUUUUCUUAGGUUGAAAAAUCCUCCUCAAGUUCUUCUUAGAAAAAAUGUAGAUCGAAAAAUGGAGCAUAGGUGGGCCAACUCGAUGGUCCAAUCUUGCUUGAAGCUUUAUCAAGCUUUGUUGAAAGAGGACAAGAGUUUAAUUUAUCAACUGGUUAAGAUUUAUCCGUUGAUGACAGUUGACGUAAAGACAUCGGUGAAGAUACUUAUGGAGAGAUCGAUUCGUUGUUUUGGAGCAAACAGCCCAGAGUUGCUGCGAAUCGUUGAAACUUGUCCCGAAGGAGCAGAAUCGCUUGUCACGAGGUUCGUCCAUACUCUCACCGAAAAUAGGAUUCCUAGCAGUGAGCUAGUUGCAAGAAUGCAGAAAAUUUAUGAAACUCGGUCUUUGGACAUUGUAUUUUUGAUUCCCGUCGUCAGAGGGCUCAGUCGAGAACAAGUUUUCUCUGUUUUGCCAAAGCUCAUCACGCGAAACACACUUAUCACUAAGGAAGUGAUCAAGCGGCUAUUUUUUAUCAGAGAAUACACGGAAUUUUUGAUCACGCCGGUGGAAUUCAUGAUCACGGUGCACAAUUUCAAGAAAGAUGUGACUGAUCUUAAGACUAUUAUGAUCUGUAUCUCGAUGUGCUUGGCUGAGAAGAAAAUUUUUACCCAAGAAGUUCUUCAGAUUGUCGUCAGCUGCUUGCUAGAUCAGACUUGCUUACCAAUUACACUUAUGCGCACGGUGAUGCAGAUUUUGUCGCUGUAUCCGGAAAUGGAGAAAUUUGUAUUAAGUGUACUGAAAAAAUUGAUCUUGAAGAAGGUUUGGGAGCUGCCUAAGCUUUGGCAGGGAUUUGCCAAAUGCUGCGAAAUGCUCAAAGAAAAAAGUUUUGCUGUUAUUCAUCAAUUGCCUCAAGAGUCGAUUGAUAAUUUAUUCAAGAUUGUUCCUGGAUUGAAAAAUGAUUAUAUUGAUUACCUAAAACCAAAUAGUAAUUUUCAAAGAGAUAAUAAUAAUGAAAUUUUUUCUUCAAAAGCAGUACCCUUUGUAUCCAUUGUAUAA